AUGAAGAGAUCAACAAUUCUCUCCGCGCUCAUCAUGAUGCUGCUGAGUUUUGCAGUCGUGAUGGUUUGUGCCGGAACAUUAAAUAAUUUGGCUGAUGAAUUAUUAAAGAAUGGAAAUUAUGUUAGAAUGGAAAGCGAGAGAGUCAAUAGUAGAGCAUCUAAAAGUAUUGUACCAAAGGGAUGGAGAGUAGUUGAAGGAAAAUUUGAAGAUCAACAUGUUCAUCUUACAUUUGCAUUGAAGAAUCAAAAUAUUGAAAAGUUGAAAGAUUUAUUGUUGAAGAUUUCUGAUCCAAAGCAUCCACAACAUGAAAAUUAUCUUACCACUGAACAAGUUGCUAGAAUGACUACUCCUACUGAUGAACACAAGAGUAUUGUUUUGAAUUAUAUCAAGUCUAUUCCAGGAGCUCUCCUUGUCAAGGUUUCCAAGCAUGAAAACUUUGUUUCUGCAUUGAUGCCACUCUCUUCUGUCAACAAGUACUUUAAAGCUGACAUGAAAAAGUUCACUCAUGAAAUUACUGGAGCUGUUGCUUUUAGAUCCGAACAAGGAUAUGCAUUGCCACAAAAGUUGGCUGAAGCUGUUAAUUUGGUUUCUGGUGUUUAUGGUUUCCCAACUAUGAAUGCCAAGUUUGAUAAAAAGCUUGAAUCUAAGAGUAGUCAAAGAGUCACUCCACAAUUCAUUUGGGCUAGAUACAAUGUCACCUUCCCAAGCACUGUUAGUCCAAAGUCAACUCAAGCUGUUGCUUCAUUCCUCCAACAAUACUAUUCCAAUGCUGAUUUGCAACUCUUCCAAAAUACUUUCAAGCUUGAAAGACAAACUCCAAAGGUUAUUGGACCAAAUGAUGAAUCCAAUCCUGGUGUUGAAGCUUCUUUGGAUAUUCAAUAUUUGAUGGGUGUUGGUCAAAAGAUUAAUACUACCUUUGUUUCCACUGAAGGUGUCAAUCCAAUUACUCACCAAGAAAGAUUUGUUCAUUGGGUUAUUGGUCAACAAGAAUUAGGAGAUUCUUCUGCUUGGGUUCACUCUGUUUCAUAUGGUGAUAUCGAAUAUCAAGCUACCGUUGCUUUGGCUGAUCAAUUAGAUGCUGAAUUCAUCAAAUUUGGUGCUACUGGUAGAACUGUUUUAAUUGCUUCUGGUGAUGAUGGUGCUAGAUGUAAUGAUAAUGGAAAUGCCUUUGAACCUGAAUGGCCAACCUCUUCCCCAUGGAUUACCUCAGUUGGUGCCACUGAACCAUCUGAUUCUGAUUAUGAAACCACAACUAGCUGGUCUGGAGGUGGCUACAGUAAUUAUUAUGAUCGUCCAAAGUAUCAAGAUGAAGCUGUCAAGGCCUACCUUGCCUCAAAUGCUGCUCCUCCAACUUCAUACUUUAAUGUUUCUGGUAGAGCUUAUCCUGAUGUUGCUGCAUUUGGUGUUAACUAUCAAGUUUAUGUUAAUGGAAUGAUUCAAAAUGUUGCUGGUACCUCUGCCUCAACACCUUGUUUCGCUGGUAUUGUUUCCUUGAUGAAUGAUGCUCGUUUCAGAGCUAACAAGAAACCACUCGGUUUCCUCAAUAUUUGGCUCUAUCAACAUGCUGGCAAGACUUCUGGUGCUUUCUAUGAUAUUGUUAAGGGUAACAAUGCUCACGGUGCUUGUCAAUAUGGUUUCUCUGCUACUAAUGGAUGGGAUCCAAUCUCAGGUUGGGGUGUUCCAAAUUAUAAGAUUUUGCAACACUUGGCUCUCCUUAAAUAAAUUGGAAACUUGUCGAGUGUU